UUGUAGCCUUAUCUAUCUCCAAAAUGGCACGACUAAGAUUUUAAGAGACACACACAAUUUUGUCGACAAUUUGAGGUGUAAGGUGUGAAAUAAAUUCAAUAUUCACUUUAAGAUUCAAAAAUGAUUAAAUUACUAGCCUUUGUAUUCCUUGGGACGAUUGCCAUCGUUUUAAGUAACAGAUGUCACGUUACUAACGACGAAAAUGAGAUACUCUGCGGGAACGCAAAUAACAUGACUUGCAAUGAUGUUGCAUACAUCCCGUACUGUCACCAAACAAGUACAGACCCAAAGGUCCAGCUGAACGGAGUAUGCUCUUGCGAACACUUCUGUUUCGCCGACAGUGAGUGCUCGAAAGGGUGUUCUUGGUCUAGCAGAUAUGUAGGCGUAUGCCAAGAAGUUUACACUAACAGCAUACAGAAAGUGUGCCUGUGUAAAAGAAGACAUUAAACCAGGAGAAAUCAACACCGUCAUGUAACCAGCUUGUUGAGUUGCUGUAAAAACUGUCAACAGUACAGUAAUAAAAUUUGAAAAAUAA